AUGUAUUUCCUUCAGACAGAGGCUGGAAAUCCCGUGUAUGCCUACCACUUCGCCCACCGUAGCAGCGGCUUGUCUGCACCUGAAUGGAUGGAGGUGCCACAGGGCUCUGAGAUGCCCUAUGAGUUCAGGACCCUGGCAUCCGUGGUAGGAUCCAACCACACAGAGGCUGAGGUAGCGCUGAGCCGCAGGGCAAUGCAUUACCUUGCAGUGUACACCUGGAGCGGGAAACCCAUGGUGGGGGAGGGCAGCGAGCAGCUGUGGCCCACCUACGAUCCCGCAAAGCAGAACUUUAAGCGCAUCAGCCUGAAGCCGCCCGAAGCUGAGAAGGCAUCACCUGCCUCGCGCUGUGAAUUCUUGGCAUCACUGCUGUCAGAGAAACCAAAGGCCCCAGGAGCAGACAUGCCCAGCCCGGGGGGUCGUGAAUGAAGAGCUGAGCAAUUACAAUCGAACCCUCCCUGCACACCACAGGAUCCCGUUCCUGUUAGUGCCUGCGAUUCAUUCACGAGGAUCCUGCUAAUGAACCAGCUGGGAAUCCAUGGAUUGACCCUCCCUCAGCAAUUCCUCCAUCCCCAGUGCAUUAAAGCAU